UUGUGUUCGAGACAUUUCUACGUGCGCGUCCCCGUAGGGAUCUUGUGAUCUCCGCGUCAGCUGUCAAGUGAUGCUCGUUCCUGCGUUUCAAUAGCAAGCCGGUGAGUUAUUUCCAAACUGGGAGGACCUGAGAUUCCACCGACAGGAAGAAGAGAGGGACCAUGGUCACUACAGCUUUGCAUACCAAGCUCCUGUAAAGCUCGUCUCUGUUCAUCUUCUGACUUGGGAAGCGUCUGGACACUGGCAUUUCAGAUGAAAAGGCCCAAGAAGGACAGGGUUUCCUGGUUUCAUUGUAAUUCCUUAGCUAGCCUGCGGUUAACGAGUGCAGUCUCAACUCUAAACAUGAUCCAGUAGCUAGGUAGCUAGCGGCUAACGACUCGUUCCGUUGACAGGAGAUUGGAAACUAGUUUGAAUUCGGGUUCCGUAUUACUGCUAACCAAGCUCGACAAUUCGUAAUUAUUAUUUUCAGAAUUGAGCAAGAAUCCGUUUCACGGUCGCCGUAACCGAGAAGCAUAGUUCCGUUUUUCUCGAAUAGUUAUGAAUAGUUUUAAUAUUCCAAACAAGACGUCCUCCUCGUUAAGCUCUGCCUUGAUCGCCGAUAAUAGAGUUAGAUUAGCCGAUGUCAACUGCAACCAUAACGACGAAUGGGAUGAUGAUGUGUAUAUGUGUUUUUAUGACAAGACAAUGGGUGAAGCGACACAAUCUUCAAUGCCCUCUGUCCAAUCGGGGCUGGAUGGACACCUGCCCCGUCCACACGGUCGGCCUCUCUCCACUCCGGGUGGUUUGUUAGGCCUCGGUAGUGCUUUCCCUGCAGAAUUCCCUAGUCGGGGUUCAGCUUCGUCUUAUUUUCAUACGAAUUCGUUGGAUUACAAUGACACUGACGUCGCAAACGAGGGUCCAAUGUAUGGGAGUCGAAAAAGGACCCGGUCCAACAGUUCAAGACAGCGCUAUAAUGAGGUAGUGGAUGAACUUGGACCCGAGGAAGUGAGGUGGUUUUAUAAAGAAGACAAGAAAACGUGGAAACCUUUCGUCGGACACGACUCGCUCAAAAUAGAACUUUCGUUUCGUAAAUCCUGCGAGCUGAACACUGUUGACUCAAAACACAACGGAAACGAGAACUGUCCGUCGAGUGGAGGUGAGGGAGAGCAGCCGAAUGGUUUGGAAGGAAUGGGCUUGAGUGGGCCGGUUUAUGUUGAUAAUAGACCCAGCAGUGUGCAGGUGGACCGGGGAUUGCUCGAUUCACCUGCCGGGUCCUCAGAAGCGAGGGUCCCUGACGACAUCAAGUGUCAAGUGGAACAUGUGUGUGUUCGGGGAGGGCUGUACGAGGUGGACGCCAAAGAACGAGAAUGUUAUCCUGUUUACUGGAAUCAGCAGGACCGCAUCCCUGUGAUGCGGGCCCAGUGGUUCAUCGACGGUACCUGGCUCCCGUUGGAGGAGGAGGAGAGUGACCUUAUCGAGCAGGAGCACCUGACUCGUUUCCGAGGUCAACAAAUGCAGGACAACUUUGAGUCAGACGUAGUGGCAAGGACUGUCGACAGCAAAGAUGUUCUUUCCCACCUGCCCCCCUUCUACCUCCCCUUUCUGUUCAAAUGGAGCGGAUAUCAGACCUGUGCUAAAACCACAUGUCACAAACGCAAACGCUGCCAAGGACUUAUGAUUGGACCUUGGCCCGAUGUCAGUGUUGCACUCACCCUUCUCAGUGCUCCUUGGCUGAGCGGCACACCUAAAGGGGAUUCCGUCCACAGUUUGAAGCUGAGUCGCACCCACGUGGACUGGCACAGCGUGGAUGAGGUCUACCUCUACAGUGAUGCCACCACCUCCAAAAUCGCACGCUCUGUUACACAAAAGCUGGGCUUCUCCAAAGCCUCUAGCAGUGGGACGCGGCUGCAUCGCGGCUACGUGGAGGAGGCCUCCCUUGAAGACCGGCCGCCCCAGACCACUCACGUGGUCUUUGUUGUCCACGGCAUCGGGCAGAAGAUGGACCAGGGCCGCAUCAUCAAGAACACUGGAAUGCUGAGAGAGGCGGUAAGGAAGAUGGAGGAGAAACAUUUCUCAGAGAACCACGGAGAGCAUGUGGAGUUCCUUCCUGUGGAGUGGCGCUCUAAACUGGCACUGGAUGGCGAUACCGUGGACUCGAUCACACCAGAUAAAGUGAGAGGGCUCAGAGACCUCCUCAACAGCAGCGCUAUGGACAUCAUGUACUACACCAGCCCACUGUACCGAGAUGAGAUCACCAAGGGCCUCACCCACGAGCUGAACAGACUCUACUCGCUCUUCUGCUCGCGGAACCCCGAGUUUGUGGAGAAGGGCGGCAAGGUGUCCAUGGUGUCCCACUCGCUGGGCUGCGUCAUCGCCUUCGACAUCAUGACGGGCUGGGACCCCGUGCGCUUCUGCCUGCAGGAGCACCAGGCCAUGGAGGAGGAGCUGGCCCUCCGCUGGCUCUCCUACGAGGAGAAGGACCUGAUGGAGCAGCUGCAGACCACCAGGACCAGGUUACGAGAACUGGAAGGUCGGCUUGGAGGCCUGGAAGCCUCUAAACCAUCAGCAGCUCCAGCACUCAAAUUUAAGGUGGAGAACUUCUUCUGCAUGGGCUCUCCGCUGGCCGUGUUCCUGGCCCUCAGGGGCAUCCGGCCCGGCUCCAGCGUCCAGCAGGACCACAUCCUGCCCACCUCCAUCUGCCGCCGGCUCUUCAACGUCUUCCACCCCACCGACCCCGUGGCCUACAGACUGGAGCCUCUGAUCCUCAAACAUUACAGCAACAUUGCACCCGUUCAAAUUCAUUGGUGCAGCGCCAAUCCCACGCCCUACGACGAGAUCCGGCCGACGUUCCUCACACCGGUGAAAGACCCCACGUCGGACAGUGAGAGCCUUCCAAGCCCCAGCACCUCCCCCGUCCUCAUCCGCAGGCACUACGGGGAGUCCAUUACCAACCUGGGCAAGGCGGGCAUCCUGGGUGCGGCCAGCAUAGGCAAGGGCAUCGGGGGCAUCCUCUUCUCUCGGUUCUCUCGCUCCAGCAGCCAGCCCUCUGUAUCUUUGGGAUUGGAGGAAGGCGCAGCCACCGCAGAGGGGGAAGAGCCAAAGAAAGCCGACAGCCAAUCGGCGUACAGCCUCUCCACGAUGGCCCAGUCUGGCCCCGCCGUCGCCGACACAUCACUGGAGCUGGAACGCCGUAUCGACUUUGAGCUACCUGAGGGCCUGGUGGAGAGUCGCUAUUGGUCAGCGGUGACCUCACACACGGGCUACUGGAUCUCCCACGAUGUGGCUCUCUUCCUGUUGACCUUCAUAUACAAGCAGAAAGAUACGCCAGCUGCAGCCGCCGCCAAAGACGACUUGGAGCAAGACUAACACACACACACACACACACGCGUGCAUGCACACAGACAGACCUGCACACACAAACCCACAGGAUUUCUCCGACCCGUUUAUGUCUCUUUUCCUUUCUGUUCCUUGUCUUAACAUAUGUGUUCCUUAACCGGAGCUGGUUCAGAACGUCACUCAAACACACACACCAACCGUUGUUUGCUCUAUAUUUAAUAGCUACAGCAUCGCUCUCACCCCAAGGGUGACACCAUUGAACUGAGAACCCCUAAGGAGGUGAAUCUUGUGCCACUAUGACCAGUAGCCCCCCUGUGUCCUGUAUAGAGAACAUGGCAUAUACAUAAUAGGAGCUUGGUAAGGUUGGUCCCACCACCUUAAAGUUUCUGUGUCUGUGUCUGUGUCCUUCUGUCUGUCUGUCUCUGUCUCACUGUCUCUCCCUCGCUCAUCUCCUUGAAGAAAAAGACUGGUCGUGUUUUUACUUUCCAUAAAGCGCACAAUGGCAGCAUUUCUUAUUGUCAAACAUUGAUAUUGUUUGACCGCAUUUCAUAGAACAAUUCUACUGUCUGUGUAAAGAAGUAAUAUAUUUCACUGUUACAGGAAGUCUGCCAUAAAUGUCACAUUUUAUAUAUCUUAUUUCUGAAGCAACAACGUUGGCCUUGCUCUUAGGUUUUGAAGCAUUGAGUGCAGAAUAGCAAACCCACAAGUACAACACAUAAUAUUUUUUAAGCACCAUUGACUUGACGGACCAUUGACUUGACUUGCAAUGUUUCAUUCUGUAUUUCAAUUGUUUCUUUGUUGUCGAUGUCGACAAGAGAAAGUAGUACAUCUUGAAGUACAACCUUACCAUUAAUCUCCUUUUGAAAUGGAGAUCGUUAUGACAAAUGAAUGAGUCCCUUUUUUAUUAUGACUAACAGGCCUUACUGUGGCUUUAACAACUGCACACACACAAAAACUCUAAAGCGAUGGAGACUCCUUGAUUAGGGUUGCACAUUUAUUUUUGUUUAAGAUUAAAUAUUUAAGAGAAUAUGUAUGAAUCAAAUGUAAAUGUCAGUUAUUCAAAGUUGUUCAAAUAGCUCUUGGUGAGCUAUUAAACUAGGAAAAUCAUUAUCUUUUCAGUUAUUGGAAAAGGCAUUUAUUAUGUGGAGCUUGAGUCUAGAGUAUUUAUUGAUGAAAAUAAGAUCACCAGGAGACCUUUUCUGCAAACGUGUGUUUACAGUUACCGGUAUAUGAUUGACAUGAGACCUCUGGAAAAACAUGUAUUUUUUCUAAAUAGGAAGUUAUUUUUUAAACAUUUUAAUCGGCUGUGAAUAUUAACCUCUAAAUAUGUAACAAAAAAUGGUUUGCAUGUACGCAAAGCAGGUUUUUAUUUUUCAGUAAAAUGCAAAUAUUUUGACUGCUGCUUCAUGAAAAUACAAUCGUAACACUUGACUUUUAACAUUAGGCAUGAUUUGAAGCUGUGCUACUCUGACCCCAUUCUCAUAGACUCAUAUGGGACCCAACCUUGAACUGUCAGCAUUCCCUACAUCAUAAAAGAUAACCAUUACUUCAGAAUAACAAAAUUAGAAAGCCUUAACAGACAAAUCCAUGUGCAAUUUCAGACAGUUCGAUAACUGUCUGAAAUUGUUCUAUAAAGCUUGCCUUAAGAUUGACGAGGGAAUAAUCCAAACUAUUUCCAUGCACCUCCAAUGUAAUGCUUUAUAAGGGUAUAGAAAUGUGUUGGAUCUGUAAUGGGCUUACCUCACAUUAUUCUCUCAUGGGGUCUAUGAGGUAAAACUUUGUGUUUACUGGAAUUUAUUCAGCUUCAGUAUGAAGUUGCCUUCAUGUCCCUAUCUCUCGAUUGUCAUAGUCCUGACCUGAUGGUGGCAUAAGCUACUGUGUGGAGGACCGUGGACCGGUCCUCCACUAUAAUACGUUCUCUUCAGCCGUGAAGCACUCAAAAAGUGUCGGUUAGUAGAUGCAUGCAUGCCUGUGUGUGUAUUUAUGUAUGAAAAUAAUUCAUCUAAGGACCUGUUGUAUCUACGCUAAUCUAGAUCGGACUCGUCUUGUCAUUGAUGCGUUUUGUGAAAAACGAGAUGUGAUCCAAAUAUGUUUGCAUCAACUGGACAAAACCCAUUACCUACUUAAGGAGUCUGAAUAAUUGCUUUAGUAGGCCUAAUGGUAGACGGGGUGUCUUUUAAACUUGCUCUUUUACUCGUAUGUGAAAAAAAGCACUGACAGAGGGCCAAUGAUUUUAAUAACCUGCAUUCGUAGAUUGGAGACAAUUUCCCCUUUAUUCCUUCACAGAAGCAGUCCUUUUUGCUCAAUACUCCACCAUCCUCAAGUUUUUCUAGUGAAAACGCAUGGAUAAAUAAUUCCCCUGCAUGUUAAAGUUGCCUAGCUGAAUACCACAAGCCCAACUCGACAGCUUUUACUAAAUUAUCUGUUUUAUUUUCAUAAAGCACCACCAAAUGUAUCCGGCUUUUUGAUAUGCCAUUCGGUCAUGUCGUGACAUUCUGCCAACUAGAACAUUCUGAGGAUUUACGUAGGAAUUUAUUUUUGCUGAAAGGGCAUCUCAUUGCAUUGAAGGAGGGUUCUUUGUUUUGCUGUUUGUCUUAUUUCCUACAUCGUUUGGCAUCGGUUGUACCGUUGUAGCUGUCUGUAGUUCCCCAGGACAGCUGCAUUAUGAGGCUAUAGAACAAGGAAUUUAAUCAGUUUAUUGUUGAAUAUAAAUAUGACUGAUUAUUUGAAAGGAUGAGACCCCCCUCCCCCAACCCCACUGCCCAGAGCUGUGCACUAACCAAUGCCUGUUUUAUUUUAAACUGCCAUCAGAAGCAUUGUAUUUAUUUCUUUUAUUAAACUUUUUUUUCCCAUA